AUGAAGAUUUUACUUGAGUUUCAAGUGUUGCGGUCGCAGUGGGGCACCCAGACACUCCACAGACUGUUCCACCAGUAUCACAAGGCUUUUGCACCUUUGAAUUUCUCAGAAUAUGAAGCAAUUGCUCGUUGUGAACAGGAAGUACCCGAGUACUUUAAUUUUGCAAGUGAUGUGCUGGACAAGUGGUCUCAAAUAGAAAAGGAGAGAAAGAGACCAUCAAAUCCAGCUUUAUGGUGGAUAAAUGGAAAAGGAGAUGAAAUUAAAUGGAGCUUUGAAGAGCUGAGCAUCCUAUCCCAAAAAGUGGCCAAUGUGCUGUCUGGGCCAUGCAGUCUGCAGAGAGGAGACCGAGUUUUAGUGAUUCUGCCCCGAAUUCCAGAGUGGUGGCUGCUGCAUGUGGCGUGUAUGAGAACAGGUAUAAUCAUCAUCCCAGGGACAAUACAACUGACAGCACAAGACAUCUGCUAUAGACUGCUGGCUUCCAAGGCUAAGUGCAUUAUUACAACUGACGUGCUUGCUCCUGCAGUGGAUUCGGUUGCAUCCAAGUGCCAGUUUCUGAAAACAAAGCUCAUUGUAUCAGAAAGCAGAAGGGCUGAGUGGCUGAACUUCAAUGAUUUGCUCAAGGCUGCUCCUGCUACCCAUAACUGCGUGAAGACAAAAAGCCGUGAUCCAACAGCAAUAUAUUUCACCAGUGGUACCACAGGCUCUCCCAAAAUGGUUGAACAUUCCUAUGGAAGCUUUGGCCUGGGUUUAUUUCUCUGUGGAAGAUACUGGAUGAAUUUGACUCCCUCAGACAUCAUGUGGAACAUGACAGACCCCGCUUGGGUAAAGGCAGCUGUUGGGAGCGUUUUUGGUCCAUGGUUCCAAGGCACGUGUGUUUUUGUACAUGCUAUGCCACAGUUUGAUCCAACAGAAGUCUUAAAUACCUUGUGCAGGUAUCCAGUGACCACUCUGUGCAGUGCCCCAACUGCCUACCGCAUCCUGGUACAGCACGACCUCACCAGGUACACAUUGAAGACACUGAAGCACUGUUUGAGCGGAGGGGAACCACUCAAUCCAGAAGUGAUGGCACAGUGGAAGAGCCAAACAGGACUGACUGUCUAUGAAGCCUAUGGCCAAACCGAAAUUGGAAUGAUAUGUGCAAAUAUGAAAGGAAUGAAAAUUAAGCCAGGUUCCUUGGGAAAGGCAGCUCCUCCCUACGAUGUUCAGAUUAUAGAUGAAAAUGGCAACGUUCUGCCUCCUGGGAAAGAAGGAGACAUUGCUGUCAAAACAGAUACCAAGCGGCCGUUUAACUUUUUCACUCAGUACGUGGAUGAUCCGGUGAAAACCGCUUCCACGAUGCGUGGGAAUUUCUAUGUCACUGGAGACAGAGGAAGCAUGGAUGAGGAUGGAUACAUAUGGUUUAUGGGGAGAUCUGAUGAUGUCAUCAUCUCCUCUGGAUACCGUAUUGGGCCGUUUGAAAUAGAGAGUGCUUUGAUACGGCACCCAGCAGUCGUGGAGUCAGCUGUUGUCAGCAGCCCAGAUCCCACUAGAGGGGAGGUGGUAAAAGCUUUUGUUGUCUUGUCUCCUUCCUUCAAGACACAAGAUCCAAAGAAAAUGGUACGUGAAUUGCAAGAUCACGUCAAGAAGAUCACUGCUCCAUACAAGUACCCCCGAAAGAUUGAAUUUGUCCAGCAGCUGCCGAAGACAGUCGCUGGGAAAAUCAGACGGAAUGAACUGAGAAAAAAGGAGUGGGGACAGAUUUAG